AUGUCGAGCCCCAUCUUCGCGUCAGCGCCCUCAUCGGGUGUCAGCGAUGUUCGCCAUCGCUCGUCGUCCUUUGGCGCUCCCCGGCUCGACCUUGUCCUCCGCCCAUCCUACGCUCUAGGUCCAUUCAAGCUCGGCCACUCUCUCUGGCAUGUCCUCAACUACCUUCGAUCCAACCAGUCGCUCUUUCCUCAGAUCAACAUCACCUACGAUGAAACCACUCCCAGACGUUCACCUCUUGUCGUGCUCAUUCAGCCAAAUCUGCACCUCAUCUUUAACGGCCAAACGCAACGUCUCGUGAUGAUCACGCUCGAAAAUCUGGAUUCGUCCGCCACUGGCACGUCUCAAGCAACAUCACAUUCAGCUGGCCCAGCAGCAUUCUCGGAGCCGAGUCAUCGUCCUGUCAAUCUGAUUUACAAUGGCAAGCUCAUCUUUUCAAGAGGAUCUGCAAGGUCGCCCUCGGUUGCUUUAAAUCGCUCCACGCUGCACCAAAUCCUCGGUCCCACAUAUCCUGGCCGGCCAGAGUCCUCCUUUAUCUCAUCUGACAGUUUGGUCGCGCUCGCAUCCAGCAGCGGAAGGAUCGGUGCAGACAAAGAACACUCCGAGUUCAUUCUCACCUAUCCCGGUGUCGCCUUCUGCUUCGUGCUGAAACCCGACGGAGCCAAGAACGCGGACGUGGACAAGUUUCAACCAGUUGCGUCCAUGCAUGUCUUUUCAGGAACGGACCCAAACAAUCCGGAUGACGUUCUUGCCAUUCCGUCUCCCGUUCAAUCUAGUGAAUUUGUGCGUCCAGCGGCACGCGCUUUCAAGAGCACGCUCUCACCAACAGCCGCAGUUGGCGAACAUCUACACCUGAACAGUGAACGUGACCGUGCUGCGCUGGACAUUGAUGCCAUCCAAGUUCGAUGUCCCGCGCUCUUGGACGCUGAGAUCACGCCUGGGCAGAGUGUCUCAUUGCACUUUGCCAAGAGCGGUGUCUCUCGCGCAAUAUCGCCUACUCCCGAUCGCAGUGUAGCAAGCGCGUCGCCCAACCGACAGACAUGCUCACACCCGGUGGAGCUAGUGCUCGGCGUUACCACGCCGCAAGACGCAAUGUGCGAGCUGGGACAACCGCAGCGCAUCUUUUACAAAGAAGACGAUCGGAUGCGUAUUCACGGUGCUUCAGCUGGACAUGCUGGUGGACAUGGUGCGCGCGAGAGAGUUUCCGAGAACCCUACCUUGAACGACGAUACGCUUGCGAACACAAACGACACAGAUGACUCUGCCUUCUUUUACAACUAUUUCGAUCUGGGCAUCGACUUGUUGUUUUCCACAAACACUUUACGUAUGCGCUCGGUUGCGGAAGCGUAUGAUGCUGUUGCAGCAGGACAACCACGUCUGGAAAAGGUGGUUUGCCACACCAAUGUACCUGGCGAUGCGCUCUUCCAGAGAUACAAUCGCUGCCCUUGGCGCGUGUCAUCUUGGGCUUCCAGCGACAAGUCUACCGCCACCAAGCCAACGAGCAAAUCCAAGACAACUACCUCAACAACGGCAGCAUUCUCAUUCCAAGACCACUUUGACAGCACACUCAGCACGGGCCAAGACGAUCGCGGCAUGGAGUUGGAUCGUGGCACCUGUGCCGAAUUCAAGGGUAGCCGCGGUGUCUCAUCCGCUGGUCUCGACAGGCUGAAGAGCGACGUGGCAGGUCGCCGGCAAGCUUCUACCAAGCGAGACGCGAGUGAAAGCAGCCCUGAGAGAGAGCACAAUUCUUCGAGCGAGCUGAUUGUUGAUCUCAGUACAAGAUUGGUGGGCCGCCAAGGCAUGGUUCUCGAAGUAGCCAAGGAUGGCUCUAUGGUUGGCGUCGUUGUCUUUUGA